AUGAAUCCCGAGUACGACUAUCUUUUCAAGCUCCUGCUUAUCGGGGAUUCCGGCGUCGGCAAGUCUUGUCUUCUUUUGAGAUUUUCCGAUGAUUCCUAUGCAGAGAGUUACAUAAGCACUAUUGGAGUCGAUUUUAAAAUUCGGACUGUUGAGCAAGAUGGCAAGUCAAUUAAGCUCCAAAUUUGGGACACUGCUGGUCAAGAGCGGUUCAGGACAAUUACUAGCAGCUACUACCGUGGGGCACAUGGAAUCAUUAUUGUCUACGACGUCACAGAUCAAGAAAGCUUUAAUAACGUGAAGCAAUGGUUGAGUGAAAUUGACCGUUAUGCGAGUGACAGUGUGAACAAACUCUUGGUUGGAAACAAGUCUGAUCUUGCUCAAAAUCGAGCCGUGUCGUUUGAAACGGCCAAGGCUUUUGCCGAUGAAAUUGGAAUUCCUUUCAUGGAGACCAGUGCAAAAGAUGCCACCAACGUGGAACAGGCUUUCAUGGCCAUGUCGGCAGCCAUCAAAGAAAGAAUGGCAAGCCAACCAGCUGGGAACAAUGCAAGACCGCCGACAGUGCAAAUCAGAGGACAGCCUGUUGCCCAAAAGAAUGGCUGCUGCUCAUCUUGA